CUAAGGGCAAAGACAAUUCUAGUGAUAUACUCAUUUCUAGUUGCAAGAAAGAGUGCCUGAAAAAUGUUGCUUGAUUUGGCUUAAUUGUAUAUAAUUUCUCCCACUAGGUACCAACAAUACUGUGCCUCUGUUGCAUCACAUUUGACACCAGCUGCUUCAGGUCAGAGUGCUAUUACUUCAUUUUUCCAUGCUGGACCACAAGGGAUCUAUGACACCAAACAUCCACGUCAAAAGGCUAUAAGUGAUGCCCUUGUGAAAGAUCUUAUCAUUAGCUGUUGUUUGCCUCUCUCCAUGGUUGACAAUGAGGACUUCAGGCACUUCCUUCAUGUCAUGGACCCUCAGUAUAGGCCUAUUGCAAGAUCCACAAUUUCAUCUGUGACCAUUCCAGGAAUGGUAAAAGUUCAAAAGGAAUGGAUAAAGUGCCAGCUGGCUGAAGCUUUGAGUGUUGCGGUUACUACAGAUAUUUGGAGUAAUCGCAAGAUGCGGUCAUUCCUUGGAGUGACAGCACACACAGUGACUGAGGUAAACCAUGUACUCAGCCUUCAGUCUUAUCUUCUUUCCUGCAAAAGAGUCCAUGGCAAACACACCGGAGAAAAGAUUGCAAUGAUGUUUGAAUGCUGUGCUGAAGAGUAUCUGAUUAAGAAUAAGAUCAACUUUGUCAUCACUGAUAAUGCGUCCAAUAUGAGGAAAGCAUUCCAGGCCAGAUUUCUGCCAGAGGAAGACGAGUCUGCAGAUCCAGAGCCGGAGGAUGAAAUCUGGCAAGAUCUGACACCAGAAGAUCAAGAGGCAGUCAAUGCUACUUUGGAUGAAAACUGUAAGAUGCAGAGACUGUCGUGCUUCACACAUUCACUGCAGUUGGUCAUAAAAGAUGGUUUGAAAGAAGCCAGUGGGCUGUCAGGCACCCUAUCCAAGCUGUCCCGUGCAGCCAACCUCCUCCACAGUGGCACCUCAUUUAAAGACUGCUUUGAAGCAAACUUUGGUGAUGCAACGAUUCCAACAGCAAAUGCUACGCGAUGGAAUUCUACUUUGAAGCAAGUGAAGGCAUAUGUGAAUUUUGACAUACAAAUGCUAGCAUAUGUGUUGGACUCAGAGGGGCACAAAAGUCUAAUCCUUUCACAGCGAGAAUAUGCUCAGCUUAAAGAACUGAUCGAAGUUCUCGAUCCAUUCUUAGAGGCAACCAACCUGACUCAGGGAGAGAAAACUGUCACUGUCAGUGUUGUUGUGCCCUGUGUCCUCACUCUGCACAGUCAUCUGCAGGAAAUAGGAGAAAGAAUCAGAUACUGUGGGCCGCUGGUGAGAGCUCUGGAGAACUCCAUGAAAGCAAGGUUCACAGAGAUCUUCAGUGCAGUGAUGAUGCCAGGAUGUGAGCCAGAUGAAGCAACUUUGUAGCAUCCGUGUUAGACCCAGCAUUUGGUUUCCAGUGGCUAGAACAUGAUGUGCAGCUGGACAAUAGCAUUAAAGGGCAACUAAAGAGUCAAAUAAAAGAGUAUAUCAAAGCAGAAGGCGAGAAACAACAGUUACCCCCAUCAGCCGCUGCAACAGGGCCAGGGGUAGGUGAUGCUCCAGCAUCUCCUCCUGAGGCCCCUCAGAAGAAGCUGAAAAUGUUCUCCCACUAUCGGAAGAUUCCCUCCUCGACUAACAACAAGCCAUCUGUCCAUGCUCAGUUGACUGCAUAUCUUGACCUGAUCGCCGAGCAGGACUCAGUCCCAUGCUUUGGGUUUUGGCAGCAGCACAAAGUCAAGUUCCCUGCACUAUAUCAGCUUGCCACACCGGUAUUCUGUAUUCCUGCCACCAGUGCACCCAUUGAAAGGGUAUUUAGCCAUGGAGGCAUACUGAUGAGGCCUCAUCGUGCAAGGUUGAGCAGUACCAUGCUUUCAAAUCUGAUGAUUUUAAAAUGCAACAUGAAAAUGCAGCAUGAUUAAACAAUUUGUAAAUUUUCUAUGCUGGUUCCCAAUCACAAGUUCACAACAAUGGAAGUAAACACAUGCUUUUUAUUGUGUUGUAAAGUUGCAAAGUGUAUAUGUCAAAUCAGUAAAUAAACUCCCUUUGCAAUCGUGACAGUGGUGUCAUUUUUUGUUUAAUGUAGAACCUCUUACUACAUUUUAUCAGUUCUUUGAA